AUGGGAGUAUCGUUCCUUUGGCUGUUAACUGAAACACUCAUGUACGUGCAUGCGUCGCUUUCUUCAACACAGUCACUUCCUGUUGGUAAUGAAUCUAUGGCAACCAGCUUAGUAACUGGAAACACUAGCAACAAACGACUUUUCACACCAAACAGGUGCUCAUGGAUCAGCCACUGUCCCCAUUUCCCUGACACAGCAUAUAAGCAUAUGAAGGUGUGGGAAAAAUCAGUGAACAUUGCUCAUGUUCCUGUUCUAGCAAGAAGGGAAUCUGAUGGGUUUUAUUAUCUUGGUACAAUAAAACAGGAGAUAGAACAGGGCGAGAGAGGAACUUUCCUGGUAGAGUUCGACAAACCACCUGCAUCAGGUGACAAGUACUCGGUAUGUGUGCAAAAAACAUCCAGGGAUGACAUCCUUGAAUAUGUCAAUGGAAUGAGGCACUCCAUACUCCCUGGAGACAAAGUGCUGGCACCCUGGGAACCAGACCUGGUCAGAUAUGGCCCUGGAACCAUCCUACUGGGCAUUGAAACACGGGAUCCCCUGAGAGCUUCAGAGGAUGAAGAAAUCAUGGUCUAUUUUUGGAAUGACAAGAAAGUGAAAGUACCACUAGGUGUGGCCUUAUGGAUUCCACCAGACACGUGGGAAAGGAUAGUAGAGAUGAUUCACAUGCCCUUCACCAGCAGAUUAAAGUUUAUGAACUCCCCCACCACCACUAGCUCUUACACUUCUACUUGCAGAUGUCUAAGAGCCCCCAUCCAUUCAUGUGCUUUAGAUGAUGGGCUGAGUAAGUACAGGUGGCCAUGGCCAUGCCCAUUAAUCUGCCCCCCUUUCCAUGGUCACUGUCACAGUAUAUGCUGUUCACCAGUCCAUGUGGGAUGCAUGUGCUGCUCCCAUCCCAAAUUCAAUGCCUGGUGGCCUCUACUAUCCACAUCUUUGCUCCCUCAAAGAAGCACUAAACAGCAAGAGUCCAAUAACAAGCCUACUGCACAACUUCUAGAAUUGGAAAGUCCAAAGGAAAAUGAACCAGCAGCAGCUACUGCUUCUGCUUCUUCCUCCUCCUCGUCCUCUGAUUUAGAAAGUGAGGAGGAGACGUGCCUAACGAAGAGCACGGUGGUGGAUAGUGCUGUUAAUACAGAUUCCAGCCUUUUCAAAAAACCCAAACUGAAAGAUGCUGCAAGACCUGAGUGGAAGUAUUGGAAGAGAAGCCACGCCAAGUCACAUCCUAGGAAUCCAGGAAUCAGCAUUCCCAGCAGCAAGUGUACAAAGGGGAAAGCAGAAUCCAGAACCAUUUUCUCCUUGGACAUGUACCCUGUUGCACCAACCAACCAGAGUGCAAUGUUUGAAACUAUUGAACAGUCUCCGAGAAGACAUCUCACACUGAAAGAUGUCUUAAUCCACCAUGAUUUCAAGCCAUCACUGGGGCCACAGGCCACUCCUUUUUUAGAGAAACUUGGAGAAAAUCAAAUAGAACGUGAACGCCAGAGAAAAUCCUGCAUGGAACAAAAAAGGAAGAAAAAAAUCCAACGACAGAAGUGGGAGUGUGAAAGAGAACAGCAGGCUGAAGAGAAGUACUACACUGCACAGGAACACCGGAGGUACAUCACACAGGUCAAGAACAAGAAGCUGCAGCAUUUCGAGAAUGAAGAUAAGAAGGUAAAAGAACAAGACAGAAAGCAGAAUCAGACAAUGAAAACAAAGCAACUUACACAGCAGAGGACAAACCUGAAGAUGCAGACUAUGGCAGAGGAGGACAGGCAGAAAGGACAGCAGAGACUAGCUCAUCUGCAGCAAGUCAGAGAGACACAUGAUCAGAGGGAAUUUAAUAAGUGUAUAGCUGAAGAAAUUAAAGAGAAACAAUCUCAGGAAGCCCGAAGGAGAAGAGUGGAGACCCAGUACAAGUUAAUGGCAGAAAAGAUCUUUCAAGAUGAAAAACAGAAGGGAAAGUAACCAGACAGCACAGAACAAAGGAGAUACAAACAACAAAUAUUUAUGUAGAAUCCCAACCCGUUAUGGCUACCAUACUUAA